AUGGCGGACGACGAGGACCUCGACCGCGGAGCGGAACUGCGCCUCGCCCAGCGCCACAAAGUGAUUGUUCCCGGUGUCUUGCACGGAAAGAAGCUGUGGGAAGCAGCAUUGCAUUCACCGGGAACGACGGGGGCAGCGACUCUUAGCGUUUCGACGACCGGGCCCCUUCCCAAGGACAGCAAGAUCGUGCUCGAAUUUCCCGACACGGGGUGGACCAUGCCACCAAACCCAAACGUGACCAUCAAAGCGUCACUCGGCCGACCCGCUCCACGCGCCAAAGCGAUCUGGAAUGGCGCCACGUUGGACAUCACCACCCUAGACGAAGACAUCGAGGCCCGGGCGUCGCUGGCGAUCAUUGUGUCUGGGGUCACCACGCCUGCUUGCGCCACGCCAAGCGGAGAGCUGAUCGCGACAACGUUCGAGCAAAAGAUCGUACGAAACACGAUGCCCGUGUCGUUCCGCGGUGGCCAGAUUAUCGACGGCCCAACCAAGAUCACGAUCCCAACGCUAGCCCCCGGGGCCUUGGUCGGGGCGAAGCGGUGGGCGCCGUUCAACUGUUGCCCGCUCGCAGUCGCUGAUGUGUUUCUGGAUUUUCGAGUCACCGGCGCCGUCCCAAAUUCAGGCAAGAUUCUUGUGGAGCUGCCCACGGAUGCAGUCGCCGCCGACAGGGACGGGUGGACGAUGGCAGAGCACCCUCGCGUCACUGCCAAGCUUCGCCCGCCGGGAUCGGCUAACGUCGGGUUCGCGGCCACGUGGCUCCAAGAUCAGCAUGUGCUGGAGCUAGUGGUCACAGAAGGGUGCAUUCCCAUGCACACGACUGUGCAGCUCACGAUUGCACAAGUCACCAACCCCGCGUCCGAGUGCCCGCCGACCGUGGCCCGCGUAACAACCCUCAUUCACAACGGGGUCAUCGACGGCCCGGCCAAAAUGGACGUGCCACGCAUCAGCGAACUCCGGGAGUGCGAUUUUGCCGCUGCGGCCGCCGCGUUUCACGCGCAGGAGUCAAAAGACGACAUGCUGCCACUGGCCAAAGUUGUGCAGGCGCUCGCCGCCAUGUCCAUCGCACAGACAGAAGCGUCACUGCAGGGCCAGGUGCGAGUCGUGUCGGUGGAGCAACCAGUGGACGUUGUCCCGGUGCUUUCCAAGAAAGGCGCGGCGGACUCGACGCCUGCCCAGCCCAAAGUGCAAGAAUUCGUGCGGCUCGAAGACUACCUCAACUUCUUCACCACGAUUUACGCCCCAGCGUUCAAGUUUGGCGAAGACUUGCGCACGGCCGCAGGGCGCGGGCAGGUGGAUCGCAUGCAGGACCUGAUUCAAUGCGGUUGCGAUCCGAAUGCCAAAGAUGGCGCCGGGUGGACCGCUCUGCAUUACGCCGCCGAGCACGGCGCCGUCAAAGCAGUCAACGUCCUCUUGGACCAGCCCCAAGUCGACUUGAAUACCCGCGACGUCGCCGGCUGGACACCGCUCAUGUGUGCAGCAUCAAACGGCCACGUGCCUGUGCUUGCUCGGUUGCUAGAAAUGGGAGCAGACAUUCGUGUGAAGAGCGCGGAAGGGCGGACGGCGCUGCACUGGGCUGCCACUCGUGGCAUCGACGCAGCCGUGGGCUUCCUCGUCCUCGGGGGCGCCAACGUCGAUGCCGUCGACCGAUCCGGCUGGACCCCUCUCCACUGCGCCGCUGUUCAUGGCAACGUAGGGUGUGCGAAGGUGCUGUUGGACCACGGCGCGACAGCGACUGCAGUGGAUGCGCUCGGCCAUCCCGCGUGGGAGUACUGGGACGCCCCUGCCGUGACAGUGCUCCAAGCUCACAUGGAAAAGCUCGACACGAUGGGGGUUGUCGUGAAGAAGGUCGUCGCGGCGACUUGA